AUGGAUUUUUAUCCUACGACGAUUCAUUUAAAACGACUUCCGAUUCAGUUUUAUUAUCGUUGCAAAAACACAAUAAAAUAUGUCAUCGAUUUAGAAUUGGGAAAUUAUUGGUAUUGGGUCAUGUUAAGAAUAAUAUUAACAUUAUUACCGCAAACCGGUUACAUUCAUCCCGAUGAAUUUUUUCAAACCGUCGAAGUUUUUGCCGGUAACGUUUUUGACUUUGAAGUCUCACUCCCGUGGGAAUUCAACGUAACGUUUCCUAUAAGAAACGUUGCCCUUUCAUACGUCACAAUGCAAAUCCCUUUCUCGUUAUUAAAAAAAUUAUCCGGAUUAAUGGAAUAUUAUUUAAAUUCAAACCUAAUAAAUUCUUACACGUUAUUAAUCGUACCAAGACUGUCAAUGUGCAUCAUUUCAUUCGUAUCAGACGUUUGCCUUUUUAAAAUUUGCUAUCAGUAUUGUCAAAAUUAUAAAGAGAGACUCACCAUAUUUUCCAGUUCUUUUGUGUCCCUCGUUUUCAUGACGAGAACAUUUACAAAUACAAUUGAAGUCACUUGUUUUAAUAUUUUACUCUAUUUAGUAUCAUCUUGUAUAUCGGAAUCUGAAAAGAUAAAUUAUCAAAAUGAUUUUUUAAAAGAUAAAUAUGAACAAGCUGAAACAAUAUCUGAUAAAGUCAAAGUGAGAAAAUUGAUGAAAAUAUUACCCAAACAUUCGUUGAACAAAUCCAUAUAUAUAUCAUUUAUAACAGUUGCUGGAACAUUUAAUCGUCCAACAUUUAUAUUAUAUGCAUUGACUCCAUUGUUUUAUUGGUUUCAAAGAGGUUUAAAUUCAAAAUCGACAUAUUUGAUCGAUUUCCAUAUAAGAAUUUUCAUUUUCAUUUUUUAUUCCAUUCCAUUCAUUUUGUCUUUCAUUUAUUUCGAUUCCGUUUAUUAUGGUUACAUAAGUUUGUCUGAAAUUUUUCAUUUCAACGUCGGCCCUGAAAAUUUUGUCGUAACGCCAUUGAAUUUUAUCAAAUACAAUAUGGAUUCGAAUAAUUUAUCAAAACAUGGAACUCAUUCGAGAUUUUUACAUUUUUUAAUUAACAUACCAUUAUUAUUUAACGUUUUAGGCAUUUCCGGUUUGAUCGUCGUUGUUAAACUUUUGUACAGAAGCGGUUUGUCCAAUUGGACUCUCAUGCCAAAAUCUCAAAGCAUAACUGGAAUGAUGACGCUUUCUUUCCUACUUCCGGUUUUGGGACUUUCCAUUUUUUCACAUCAGGAACCAAGAUUCAUAAUUCCGAUACUUCUCCCGUUGGUUUUCCUCUAUUCCCACUUGAUAAAAGAUUUUCAAGAGCAUUGCGAAUUGAUCGUUCCUUUUAGAAAACUUUAUCCGAAAAGGAAAAAUUUCGGAGUUUUCCAAUAUCCGUUGAAAUUCAUUGAAUAUUUUGAAAAACUCACGGAAAACAUCGACAACAGGUACAACAUUAACGGAAGGUAUUUGGUUAAUUUGAGACAGAAAACCGUCGCGGAAACUACGAGAGAUGCAAAACCACGUUCGGAUUAUUAUUCCCACGACGACGAUGGGGGACCCGUUUUUACGGACGUACCACCACCACCGGAAACGGAUUCGAAAGAAGAAAAAGAAAAGAAAAUGACGAAGAGAAAAAGAGAAUUCGUUAUGAAUUUAUGGUACGUGAUAAAUGUGGGGCUCGUCAUUUUUUUCGGAUUUUUUCACCAGGGUGGAAUCUACGGAUUGUCCAAGGAUUUCGGUUGGAAAAUUGCGGAAAAGCCAAAAUACACGACGUAUCAUUUGAUAACGAGUCACGUGUACACGAUACCGCAACAUUUGUUUUCCGUCAAACGUCAUCCGAAAUAUAAAAAUCCAAAUUUUGCGACACACGAAUUGGGAUCUUCGGAAAAUUUCGAAAACAUAAACGUCAAAUUGAUAAACGUUUUGAAAUACGGAGAAGAGAAAAGGAAAAAAUUACGGAAAAAUUACAGAGUUUUCUACGCUUUUCCGACGAGUCUUUACAACGAAUUCAAAACGAGUCACGAAUAUUAUAAAAUGAAUUACACGUAUAAAAUUGAUAAAAUAUUUUUCCCACAUUUGUCGACGGAAGCUUUGCCCAAUUUAAUUGUCAACACGUCGGAUGACGGUGACGUCAUAAGAAUGACGACAAAUAUAUGCGGAAUAUUCAAUGUGUUCGAUUGCGUUCCUUUACGGUAUUUCAUUGAAUUUUUCCAUCAGUUCGGAUUGAUAUUAAUAGAAAUCAAUAUGGCGGAAAAUUAA